AUGGCCGCCGCCGCCACCACCACCACUUCCAGAUCUCCGUUCACUUCAUCAUCUUCGUAUUCAACUUUCCUUAAACGAAACUCUAAACUCACAUUACCUUUCUCUCCCAUUUUCAACAAGCCACAAUCCAUUCACACUCGUCCCCUCAUUAUCUCAUCCUCCCUCUCCAACUCCCCCGUCGCACCAACUUCCACCACCACCACCACCACCUCCGAUGACCAAUAUAUCUCCCGUUUCUCCUCCACCGAACCAAGAAAAGGAGCCGACAUUCUUGUCGAAGCUCUCGAGCGUCAAGGCGUCACCAACGUAUUCGCUUACCCCGGUGGAGCUUCCAUGGAGAUCCACCAAGCUCUUACACGCUCCAAAACAAUCCGAAACAUACUUCCCCGCCACGAACAAGGUGGAAUCUUCGCCGCCGAAGGCUACGCACGCUCCUCCGGUCUUCCCGGUGUUUGCAUCGCCACUUCCGGUCCCGGAGCCACCAACUUAGUCAGCGGCCUCGCCGAUGCUUUGAUGGACAGUGUCCCUCUCAUCGCCAUUACCGGUCAAGUUCCCCGGAGAAUGAUCGGAACUGAUGCUUUUCAAGAAACCCCAAUCGUUGAAGUAACGAGAUCUAUCACAAAGCAUAACUACCUCAUUCUCGAUGUUGAUGACAUUCCUAGGGUUGUUAAAGAGGCUUUUUUCCUUGCAACUUCAGGUAGGCCCGGCCCUGUUCUCAUCGACAUACCCAAAGACAUUCAACAACAGUUGGCAGUUCCUAAUUGGGCCGAGCCCAUUAAGCUCGCUGGGUAUGUUUCCAGGCUACCCAAGAUUCCUGAUGAGGCUCAACUUGAACAGGUUCUGAGGUUGUUAUUAGAAUCUAAAAAACCGGUUUUGUAUAUUGGAGGUGGUUGUUUGAAUUCCAGUGAGGAAUUGAACCGGUUUGUUGAACUUACAGGUAUUCCUGUUGCUAGUACUCUAAUGGGACUUGGUAGUUACCCUAUUGGAGGGGAACAUUCCCUUCAUAUGUUGGGUAUGCAUGGUACUGUUUAUGCUAAUUAUGCUGUUGAUAGUAGUGAUUUGUUGCUUGCUUUCGGGGUUAGGUUUGAUGAUCGUGUAACCGGGAAGUUAGAAGCUUUUGCGAGUAGGGCUAAGAUUGUUCAUAUAGAUAUUGAUUCAGCUGAGAUUGGGAAGAAUAAGAUUCCACAUUUGUCGAUUUGUGCUGAUAUGAAGGUGGCAUUGGAAGGUCUUAAUAGGGUUUUGGAGAGUAAAGGAGUCAAGGGUAAACUUGCUUUUGAAGCAUGGAGGCAGGAGUUGAAUGUUCAGAAAUUGAAAUUUCCUCUCGGGUUUAAGACAUUUGAGAAUGCGAUUUCUCCGCAGUAUGCUAUUCAGGUGCUUGAUGAGUUGACUAAUGGAGAUGCUAUUAUUAGUACUGGUGUUGGACAGCAUCAAAUGUGGGCUGCUCAGUUUUAUGAGUAUAAGAGACCUAGGCAGUGGUUAACUUCUGGUGGACUUGGUGCUAUGGGUUUUGGAUUACCGGCUGCGAUUGGUGCUGCGGUUGCUAACCCUGAUGCGAUUGUCGUUGAUAUUGAUGGGGAUGGUAGCUUUAUAAUGAAUGUUCAAGAGUUGGCUACUAUAAGAGUGGAGAAUCUUCCAAUUAAGAUAUUGUUGUUGAAUAACCAACAUUUGGGUAUGGUGGUUCAAUGGGAGGAUAGAUUCUAUAAGUCAAAUAGAGGUCAUACAUAUCUCGGUGACCCUUCUAAUGAGGAUGCGAUUUUCCCUAACAUGCUUGGAUUUGCUGAUGCUUGUGGAAUACCGGCGGCUCGUGUGACGAAGAAGGAAGAGCUUCGAGAAGCUAUUCAGAAAAUGUUGGACACUCCUGGCCCUUAUCUUCUUGAUGUCAUUACACCUCACCAAGAACAUGUAUUGCCAAUGAUUCCAAGUAAUGGAUCUUUCAAGGAUGUGAUCACGGAGGGUGAUGGCAGAACGAGCUACUGA